UUGCUAAAAAUGUCAAUUGAGUGUAUGAUUGGUGGGCCCGUUAGCGUUUUCGUCGUCGUCUUCUCACCGUCGCAAUGAUAAGGGCCUUUCAGUCGCGGUCCACUAGGCCCUACCCACGUCAGCCGCCCGAAUCCUCCAGAAACCGUGUGCUCCCCGAAGCAGUUUAGAUAUCUUCCUCCCAACCUUCCCUGCCAAAUCGCGGUCACUGCUCCGAAGUCCGAACCUUCAUACACAUCGUCUCGUUUCCGAUUUCCCCAAAUUCAGGCCACAGGCGCUACAGGACCCAGGCACCACUCGGUCGGCGGCCACCGCGUCGCCCCGCCUGCUCGAUUGGGGUCGCGUGUGCGAUAGGAAGUUCGUCAUACGCCUCGCGGUUUUUCUAGUUUCCGUUUUGAUUUCUAUGCGCCCAAUGUUUUGUCCGAUUGAUUGAUCUGCUUAGGUACGUGAGACUGUCUCUAUUGUUCGUGAGUGCGUAGAUGGUGGGUGAGUCUGGUUGUUUAGAUUUGUGACUGGUUGCUCGACUUGAUUGUGCUGACUGAUUGUUUCAUCUAUCGUGUAAGCUGUAUUAAUGUCUAAUCCCUUAAUUGCUUUGAAACCACUGCAUGUGCUUGAUUAGUUUGGUUUGUACCGACAGCUUUUGGUGCCUAUUUGUGAUGAGAUUGAACAUCCUGCUGCUUGUGUUUAAUCUUCUAGGUUCGUGUUCUUGCUGUAUGCGUGGUUAAUGGUUGACUAGUACUUCUCUGAUGCUGAGGAUGAUUGCUAUUGAUUGACUAGAAUUUAACAUUUCCCUGUGGGGAAGUAAUCUCCUAUGUUCUGUCGAAAGCAGCACACUCUGGCAACUGUAUUGCUGCAUAUAUUUUCCGUCAAAAAAAUAUUUGCUAAACAUGAAAACCACACUUAUUUUGCCUUUUCAUCUCUCCUUGUGGCACAAUACUAUGGCCCAGUUUUGAACCUAUGGCCCAACACUCUUAGCUAAUAACUCAACUAAUUGUUAACUAACUCGCAGCUAACAAUUAGUUCAUUAGCUGCCUCAAUCCAGCUAACAAUUUGUUAGCUGGCUAACUAUUAGAUUUAGGGGUUCCAAACAUGACUGUAUCAAUUGACUUCCUCUGUUGGCCGACCUUUGCAUAUAUCAUCAAUGAGCAGAAAAAAAACAGGUUUUGUUUUUGCUAAAUUAAGGAGAAGUAUCGCUCGAAUUUAGCAUCGUAAUGGGGGAACACAUCAUCUUCUCGAUGAAUUCCGCUAUAUGCCCCAGCUAUACCCAGAUGAGAACAGGAAGGGACAGUUUGUGGACUACUUGCAGGCUAUUGAUUUAUGUAUUCUUUGGUAAAGAAUCGGGAAGGGCAUUUUUCUUAUGCAGGUUGCAUAACCACUGGUGAUAUGAGAUGAUCUCUAUUCGCUUGGAAAGUAGAGAUAGGUUAAAUUUCGGUCUGAACGGUGAAACCUUAAAUAAAAUCUUAGGAUGCUGUGUGAGAGAAGCAUGCUGGCUCCCUCAAAGGUAUGUUUGAUUGAAGAAUCAACGGAUUGAAAAUCUCUUAUGGAUAGAAGUGCUUAUUAACUAAAGAUUUUGAAGAAGAAGCUGCUGUCUGCUGGAGAGAAUGGUGUGGACAACGCGGUAAAUUUGGUGCAGAUGGAUGGUGUGUUCAAAUUGAUCGGAGUUCUCUGGAUGGAUACCUAUCGAGUAGUAUAAUUCCUCUCUCAGCUCACUGUCCAGACAAUUAGUGCUAUCUGUGACUGUUGGGCAAUCAGGUUAUCGAGAUUUUGCUGGUUGGAGCUGUCCGGCAUUGCUUUCAUCUUUUAUCAAUAUGCCGGUCUUUGGCAGCAUAUGGCGAUUCAGAACUGUAUUGUGUUGUGUUUGCAACGUGAUAGCUUGUACUGGGAACAAAGGUCAAGAUGGGCGCCUUGGACCUACACCUUGACUUUGCUUCUGCUCAACAUGGACAAGCCAAGUUAAAGGAAUAUGCCAAGAGCUCUUUGUUGUCUGAUGGAAACUACAAUACAGACAAGAUCAAUGGUUCAAACCCUGAUGACUAUGAGAAAUUUGAGAAAGGGAUAAUGCACUAUGGGUGUCCACAUUAUAGAAGGAGAUGCCGCAUAAGAGCUCCUUGCUGCAAUGAAAUUUUUGAUUGCCGACACUGCCACAAUGAAACUAAGAAUUCCAUUAAAAUUGAUAAAAUGAAGAGGCAUGAACUUCCACGCCAUGAAGUGCAGCAGGUUGUAUGCUCAUUGUGUGGCACUGAACAGGAGGUGCGACAAGUAUGUAUCAAUUGCGGUGUUUGCAUGGGGAAAUACUUCUGUGGUUUGUGCAAACUCUUCGACGAUGAUGUCUCUAAACAGCAGUAUCACUGCAACGGAUGUGGAAUAUGUAGAAUCGGAGGGAGGGAGAAUUUCUUCCACUGUUCAAAAUGUGGAUGUUGCUAUUCAAUUGCGCUGAAGAAUAGUCAUGCAUGUGUUGAAGGGGCGAUGCAUCAUGACUGUCCAAUCUGCUUCGAGUACUUGUUCGAUUCGACAAAUGAUGUUUCCGUCCUGCCUUGUGGUCAUACCAUUCAUGUAAAGUGCCUGAAAGAAAUGGAAGAGCACUGCCAGUUUGCAUGCCCCCUUUGCUCCAAGUCGGUUUGUGACAUGUCGAAGGCAUGGGAAAGGCUCGACAUGGAGCUGGCAACUCUGUCUGACUCCUGUGAUCACAAAAUGGUCCGCAUAUUAUGCAACGACUGCGGGGCAAUAUCAGAUGUGCAGUUCCAUUUGAUUGCGCACAAGUGCCAGAAUUGCAAGUCAUACAACACCCGCCAGAUUUGAAGUAAGAAUCGCAAGUCACACAACACCGUCAGAUCUGAAAUAGCAAAUCCUGUGGGGGUUUCUGCAUUUCUUCAAGAAGCGUGAUGGACUGAUGGCCCCUUCCCGUGAGCUGCUGAGCACCGGGAUAUCUGGCAAGACACUCAUCACUGUAUCCACUCCACUGGGUCCUGCGGAGGCAAACAGCUCGAGAUUGUAUAUCUGCUGCUAGCUGCCGCCCUUCGUUAUGCAUAAGCCUACUCUUGCCGUUUUACUCCUGUCGCUCCGUGAUUCUAGUGUAAUAAUGUCAUAUUUACUGUUGCUUCAAGUAUGGCCCGUACGGCUGCGGUUGAACGGCGGCGGCGGCUGCUGAGCCACAGUACCUUGCUGUUGCUGAGACUGCACCCAGCCACAGUGCGCCGCCGCCGCCGCAGCUUGUAGCUGGACUUGAUUUAUGAAGGUGCCGGAAGAGUUCUUGGUUGCGGGUAGCUAUUAAGGCCAUCUCGAGUAGAUGUCCUAUUACAUCCCUUAUUUCAUCCUCUAUUUCAAACUUUAUAUAAAUAGUAUUAAAUAUCUCAUCUACACUGCCCUAUCUCCUGAUCUUUUAAGACAGUCUUUAGUUAGGAAAAUGUGAACGGUGUGCACAUGUGGUUGUACGUCAAAUCCGGAUCCCAUUUUCUAUGCUUAA